CAAAAAUAUGGUACGGCCUCAGGCGAAGAGGGAGCGGAGCGGCGACGGCGGCGGGCGCUACAAGGGCGUCCGCAUGCGCAAGUGGGGGAAGUGGGUCGCGGAGGUUCGCCAGCCGAACAGCCGCGACCGCAUAUGGCUCGGCUCCUACGCCACCGCCGAGGAGGCCGCCAGGGCCUACGACGCCGCUGCCUUCUGCCUCCGCGGCCCCUCCGCCGCCCUCAACUUCCCCCACAACCCGCCCGAUAUUCUGGCGGCGGAGGAGCUCUCGCCGUCGCAGAUUCAGGUGGCGGCGUCGAGGCAUGCGCGGAGGCCGUCAGCAGCCUCCGCAGAGAUGGAGGCGAAGGAGCCGGUGGUGGAGAAUCUAUUCUUCGGGGAUGCCGCGGAGUUGGGAGGUGGUGGUUCGGCUUUUGGGGACGGGUUCUUGGCGGCGGAGGGGGAGAGAGGCGGCGGCAGUGGUGGGAGUGGUGGGAGUGUGUUUUUUGAUACGGCGAGGAUGUGGAGCUUUUAGUAGCUUUAAUUUGAUUUGUAGGAUAGAUUUUUGGUGUAGAGUUUUUGUUGAGGAAAUUAUCACACGGCCAGCUUUGGCUCUAGUCCAUGUCUCUAUGUUCAAACUUCUUUUCCUUUAUUUUUUUAAAUAUAAUUUAAUGAAAAUGGAAGUUAGAUCUGA